AUGGAGAAGACAACUGCUAUUGACCAGGUCGCACCGGCCAGCGGCAUCGAUCAUGAUGCCGAAAGAGCCAUGGAGUUAGACCACGCCCGGAAUGACCGCUCUGAUGAUAAGGCCAGCAUUUCUGAUGCAGAUUCAGCUGAGUUCCAGGGUGGUGUCCAGCGAGUGCGAGCCAUCACCGCCUCUUGGUCUACCAAAACACUCGUUCUGAUGUUUAUUCUACUCUACCUCGUGUCAUUCGUAGAUGCGCUCUUGUCCUCAGUCCAGAGUUCUCUGAACCCUUACAUUACUUCGUCGUUCGAGAGUCAUGGUCUACUCCCGGUUGUUAGCGUGGUUUCUACCAUUCUCGGUGGUUCUUCCAAACUUACUCUGGCCAAGAUCAUCGAUAUAUGGGGUCGUGUAGAGGGAUUCUUGUUCAUGCUUCUCAUCAUCGUUGUCGGCCUGAUCAUGAAGGCUACGUGUACAAGCAUGGAGAUGUAUACCGCGGCACACACUCUAUACUGGGUGGGUCACAUCGGUAUAACUUAUGUCGUUGAAAUCAUGUUGGCCGACAUGACCACUCUCAAGAACCGUAUGAUCAUGCUCGGUAUCAACGGCACACCAGGUAUUGCUACCACAUUUGCCGGUCCCAAAAUCGCGGCUCUGUUUUAUGCCAAUCUCAACUUCCGUUGGGCAUUUGGUGCCUUUUGUAUCAUACUGGUCGGAGUUUGUAUCCCCGUGACUAUUGUGAUGCUAUUUAUGCAACGCAAGGCCGAGAAAACCGGCAUGUUGCAAAAGGAGCAUUCUGGGCGGUCAUGGUGGCAAUCAAUCUCUCAUUACUUUAUUCAAUUCGAUGUGAUUGGAAUCAUCUUGAUCACCGCAGUUUUUUCUCUUAUCCUCCUCCCUUUCAACAUUGACUCGUAUGCCCCCAAAGGCUGGGCAAGUGGAUAUAUCAUUGCCAUGGAAGUCCUGGGCGUUGCUUGUAUUCCUGCAUUCUACGUUUGGGAGCGAUACUUCUCGCCUGUCCAGUUCCUCCCUUGGAAGUACUUGAAGGAACCAACAAUCAUUGGCUCAUCACUACUUUACGGCAUUAUGUUCAUCUCAACCUAUACAUGGAACACCUACUUCGGCUCCUACCUCCAAGUUGUCAACAGACUGGAUAUCACGACCGCCAAUUACGUGCUGAACGCUUACUCCUUAACAUCCUUCAUCUUCAGUCCCAUUUUCGGCCUAUUGAUCCGCUUCACUGGAGAGUUCCGAUGGACUGCAAUGGCCGGAGUCCCAAUCUUUCUUCUAGGCACCGGCCUCCUGAUUCCCUACCGGCAACCCGGCACCGACGUCGGCACCUUAACUAUGACACAAAUUCUUGUCGGACUGGGCUCCUGUAUUUUUACCGUCUGUGGCCAGAUCGCCAUCAUGGCAAGUGUCAGUCACCAAGAAGUUGCCGUUGUUAUGGCCAUCUGGGGCCUUUUUGGCUCCAUCGGUGCGGCCGUCGGUUCUGCGAUCGCUGGUGGCAUGUGGAAUAACAUGUUGGAGAAGGAACUGUACAACAGACUCCCAGAAGACGCCAAGAGCCAGGCCACGAGCAUUUACUCCAAUUUGGUGACGCAGAUAUCGUACGCAGAUGGAACUCCGGAGCGGCACGCUAUUGUUGGUGCUUAUGGUGAUGUCCAACGCAAGAUGGUUAUCGUUGGAGUCUGCAUCACUCCGCUGUGCAUUCUUUGCACUUGGUUCUGGCGCAACGUCAAUGUGAAGAAGCUCUACAAGGAGCAGACUUCCGGAACUAUCUGGUAA